AAUAGGCGGGCAGCCGGAGCCGGGUUUGCCGGGGCAUGUGGGAGCCGCGGCCGGCCGGCGACACGUGCGGGCCGGAAGAGACGCCGGGGCUUCAGGGUGCUGCCCCGAGGAGAGACCGCCUCCCUGGCGUCCCUUGCCGCAGGCUGUGAACUGACUGGCAUGGUCCAGGGGGAAGGCCCUGGGUCUACUCAGUGCCUGCCCAACGCCAGCCUGAACGCCAAGGAUGUGCUCCGGAGAAGGCACAAGAGGAGGAGCCGACAGCACCAGCGCUUCAUGGCCCGGAAGGCCUUGCUGCAGGAGCAGGGGCUGCUGAGCAUGCCUCCGGAGUCAGGCUCCUCCCCGUCAGAGGCACCGCCCGGCUCUGAAGCUGCCAGCGGCGGGAGGCAGCAUCCCAGGGCUGGCUUUGCUGGUGGUGGCCUGGGCAGCAGACGGCCAGCCCCCAGGGAAGCCUCGGGGCCCUCCCCCAGCAAGUAUGUGGCUGUUGACUGUGAGAUGGUGGGCACGGGACCCCGAGGGUGCGUGAGCGAGCUGGCCCGCUGCUCCGUGGUGAGUUACCAUGGCGACGUCCUCUACGACAAGUAUAUCCGGCCUGAGAUGCCCAUCGUUGACUACCGCACUCGCUGGAGUGGCAUCACGCGGCAGCACAUGCGCAAGGCCAUCCCCUUCCAGGUGGCCCAGAAAGAGAUCCUUAAGCUCCUGAAGGGCAAGGUUGUGGUGGGGCACGCGCUGCACAAUGACUUCCAGGCCCUCAAGUAUGUCCAUCCCCGGAGCCAGACCCGCGACACCACGAGCGUCCCGAGCCUGCUCGGCCAGCCUGGCCUCCACACCCGAGCCCGAGUCUCCCUGAAGGACCUGGCCCUGCAGCUGCUGCACAAGAGGAUCCAGGUGGGCCAGCACGGGCACUCAUCAGUGGAAGAUGCUGCCACAGCCAUGGAGCUCUACCGGCUGGUGGAGGACAGGUGGGAGCAGGAGGUGGCCAGCAGCCUGUGGUCGUGCCCCGAGGACAGGGAGCCCGACAGCAGCACGGACGUGGAGCAGUACAUGGAGGACCAGUACUGGCCGGAAGACCUGGCCCCUGGUGCUGGGGCAGGAACAGGAGGGGUGCAGGAAGGAAGCGAGUGAGAGGGAGGAGGGUUGAGGAGGAAGCCCGGGCCAGGGGACACCGGGCGGGACAUCCAGGCGGGACAGGGCAGGCAGGGUGUUUGGUGCCCAGGGUCAGAGCUGCCAGCACCGUCUGUGUGCUGUGCUCAGUGCAGCCCCCCAAGCGUUGUUGGCAGUUCGUUCUUCUGACUCCUGUAGAUUAACUAAGGGCACUUUAUAGAUCUGCAGGUGGCAGGAGUCAGGCAGUUCCACCCGGCUGUCGGGGCUUUUCACAGGGCCCCAUGCCGUGCUGGCUGUAGCACGACACCCCCUCACCCCUGGUGGUCAGUGUGCUGGAGCUCCCUUACCUCAGUUCGGUGACAGGGUGGAGUUCAGUUCUUGUCACCUAACUUCCUGCAGGGUCAUGUUUGGUUCAGAACAACUGCCCUAAAGUGGAAGUUAAGUCCUCAUUUCUCCCGUCUCUGUGCCGCAGCUCUGGCCACAGCUACGGUAGGAACCUGGGGCCCUGCGGGGCCUGUCCUCUCCCUGCUAGGCUAGACGGACUAACAGAGCCCAGGCCUCCCGCAGGAGCUGGCCCCUUCCCAAGCGUAGCAUCAGAAGUCCUUGGGUGCAGUGCAGGGAGCAGGCUGGGCAGAGCAGCUCUGAAUGGGAACUGACACGUUUGUGACCGAGUCAGGGAUUCCCAUGCCCUCCCGCAGGAAGCUCCCCCUGCACCGAAGGCAACUGCACAGUGGUUUGAGUUAAGUUGUGGCCCCCACUCUAGGAAGUCAGGGUGUCUGCAGCUGCAGGUGCGGCAGCUGCUGUCUCUGCACCCCAUGUGGUGCUGCCCUGCUCGGGUUGGUGGUCACUGUGACUGCUGGGCUUUAGGUUAGUUUCUGAAAGUGCUGUUUCCUAAGGAGCAGCUUUGGCGUGCCGAGAUGGCCAAGGGCUCCAGGCACACGGGCCUCUGAGUCCUGUGUUUGCUGCCACGUGGCGUUGAGCGUCAAGGCCAGCUGUGACUGCCCUAGUCUGCUUCCCCAUGUGUAAGUGGCGAGACUGGCAUGGGCUCCCGCAUAGGGUGGGUGGGGAGGAGGCUAGAGGCCAGGUGCCCCAACAGUGCCCGGCCCGCCCUUUACGAGCAGGCCACUGACCUUGUGGUCUCCAAGGCUGUGACCCUGUGCUGGUCCCCCCAGCACGGGGCCUGGGCCAGCACAGGGACGCGGCAUGGAAGUUCAGGGUUAUCUGCAGGUGUGGCCUGUGGCUCUGCAGUGCCGCUUCCUGUCAGUGUCCUGCCAGAGUGUGCAGGAAGUGAUGGCGUUGGGACAGCACGGUGUGGGGGGGCAUUGCCACACGCCCACUAGCCACUGUCAGCUGAGGCUCCCACCCCAGGGCAGAGGCUGUGGGGCGCUGGCUCCUCCCUGGCAGCAGAGCAGGAGGCCAGCCAAGCCACGGCCACAGCUGGCCUCUCUCAGGAUGUCGAUGGGGCCAGUGCCAGACUCAACCAAGCAGUGGUUUGGUUUGUGGAUGGAGGGAAGGUGGCGCUGUCACUGUUACCAGUGGGAAAAGUGCUAUUGAAAAUCGCUUUGUUACGAAGCCAUUUGUUCUGGAAUAAUGCUCCCCCGGGAGGGCGGGUGAAGUGACCCUCCACAUGAGUCAUCUGUCUGGCUUGUUGGGGCUCCCAGCUUUGCUUUGUAGAAGGAGUAUCUUUUAAAGUGGGGGGUAUGGCAAAAAGUAACAGCUACAGAAUUACAAUUUUUUACAUUUUACAGUUGUCCUAUUAUAAAGCACAAAUUUAAUUUCUCCCCAAACAAUACGCUUACUUUAAAUUUUUAAAAUUGUGAUAAAAUAUACAUAAUAUAAAGCUUACCAGCUCAACCAUUUGUAAGUGUACAGUUCUGUGUUAAGUAUUUCACAUCGUUGUAUAACAGAUUCCCAGAGCACUUUCAUUUUGCAAAACCCAAACGUGGUCCCUUUGGCUUGAAUCACUGUGGUAUCUGCAUGACUAUUACAGUGAAUACAGUGGAGCUAAGGGAGUCACUGCUUCCCCUCCAUUUAAUUCUCAAGCACCCUAUGGUUGUGUCCAUUGUCUGAAGAGGGAGAGAAAUUUAAAAAACCCAGGGGAUCUGUGAUGCUCUAGGUGAGAGCACAUGUAUGCUGGAUCCCCUAGGUUGAUCUGGUCAGCUUUACCCUACUCCCACCUCAUUGCAGGCUCAUAAAUAUGUACUAUAUGUCAUGAGUGUAAUUAAGAUCGGAGUGAAUUCUGGGGCAGCGUGCAUGUUCAGAGCCCCUCAGAUGACUCAACACCGUCAGUCAUCGCUCCUGUCAAUCAGGACCUGUCCAUGCAGGUGUAAGCUGCAGGUACAGGAUCCUUUACACUGCGAAAGCCGGAUUUGUGCUGUUUGACUCUGGCCGCUUUCGUGUGCUUUGACCUGUGUGUAGCGCUUUUCUGUCACCCUGGCACCUUGCUGUAUGGUGGCAUAGACUUCCACACCUUCCUGUGAUCUUCAAUAAAUGUAGCUGCUUGCUCACUAUGGGGUGUACACUGGGCGAUUCUUUCCUCGUCAUACACAAGAGUCUGGGCUGGUACCAGUCCAUCCCUCUGCAACACGACUGUCUCUUCUGGUGGCCUGUAUCACUUUUUAUCAGUCUUUAUUAAUAAAACUAAUAAAAAGUCUAA